UUGAGGGUUUCCUACAGAGCCGCUGCCAAGAAGAAGCAACGGGUGCGCACAGAGGGAGAGGACCGCUGUGACACAAAUCCACAUAUUUCAGCUAUAGAGUGAAGCCUGUCUUCUGCUUCAUCUACCACUGCUUCUGAAGCCUUGAACGAACUGACAAAUCUCUUCUCAGGCGAAGAGCAAAGAGACAAGCGCAGGAACAUGUGGAGCUUUUUGACGCGUAAUGGCCAAGUUGCUGCGCCACUUGACGCUGUGGCAAAACGCAGCGGCGACUUUUUCGGCGUCAUCGGAUUGAAUUAGUCUUUAAAACCAGCAGUGUGAAGUCUCUGAUAUGGCAUGUUUCCUGCGUUGUGUCCUCAGGAUUGCGACUCAUGGGAUGUAGUAAAUGGAGAUCUGGGUUCAACUUUGGACACCUGAAGGUGCAGUCCAAACUGUCCGUCUUCUUUACCAUGAUCAUUCUCUUCACUUACCUCUUCUAUUGCCUCAACGGAUACUGUGACUCUCUACCCAGGCCUGUUUAUGACCAACAAAGCAAUUUCCAAAACAAAAUUAUCUUACAUGAUGGACAAGAUGCGUCACAGGACCAGCUCGGUGCGUAUAACGCGUCUCCGGUGUCGAUCGUCCGGGGACAGCUGUCGGACUUGGGAAACAGCGCAAACGUUCAGUCAAAUAACAUAUCUAUAGCCAAUAAUUUCGGCAGCAAAAAGUUCCCUCAGGCCAUCAUCAUCGGGGUGAAGAAAGGUGGCACUCGGGCUCUGCUGGAGUUCCUGCGCAUCCAUCCCGAUGUGAGAGCCGUGGGCGCAGAGCCGCACUUCUUCGACCGCUUCUACGACAAGGGACUGGAGUGGUACAGAAACUUGAUGCCUCGUACACUGGAGGGUCAGAUCACCAUGGAGAAGACCCCCAGUUAUUUCAUCACCAAAGAAGCCCCUCGUCGCGUCUUCUCCAUGAGUCGCCACACUAAGCUCAUCGUGGUUGUUCGGGACCCUGACCGGGCUGUUUCUGAUUACACUCAGACCCUGACCAAAUCCCCCGGGCUUCCAUCCUUCCAGAACCUGGCUUUCCGUAACGCCACCACAGGCCUCAUCGACACGUCUUGGAGCGCCGUGCGCAUCGGCAUUUACGCCAAGCAUCUCGAAAACUGGCUUCGAUUCUUCCCGCUGUCACGCUUUCUGUUUGUCAGUGGUGAGCGGCUGGUGACCGACCCAGCUGGCGAGAUGGGCCGGGUCCAGGAUUUCCUGGGACUCAAACGUGUCGUGACAGACAAGCACUUCUACUUCAACCAGACCAAAGGUUUCCCCUGCCUGAAGAAGCCGGAGGGGAGCAGCAGGCCACGCUGCCUGGGGAAGUCCAAGGGCAGGCCCCAUCCCCAGAUCCCGUCUGAGGUUCUGCUGAGACUCAGAGACUUCUACAGACCCUUCAAUCUCAAGUUCUACCAAAUGACUGGCCACGAUUUUGGCUGGGACUGAAUGCUCUCUCACCAAAGCUCUUAAAAAAUGACUGUGAUGUUUUUAUUAAACCAACAAGCAACACCAGACAGGGAAUUUUGUGUUGCUAAAACUCAUACUGUGCAAAUGAGAUCUUUGUUUCUGUUGCUCAGAGAAUUGAAUCAGGAUCUGACGUUUUGCCAACAGAUGCUCCUGUUUUGCUCCAGGUUUACAUCAGACAUGCCAACAAAACUUGUGAGAAUGGAAGUUCGCUGAGUCCCUUCAACAAGCAUGGCUCCAUACAGCUUCUGGAUGGGAUGCGUUGGUUGUGACUUAAACCUACUGCUGCAGAAUAAAACAGCACAAUCCAGACAGAAACAUGCUUUUUUUUUUUUUCUAAGUUGGAACCUGUGGCCUUCUGUCACCCUGAGUGCCAGAAGUAAGCUCACAGUCCUGUCUGAAACAUUUAGCAGCACGAACUCUUCAUUCAAAUAAUACCAAAAAGAGGCCAGCUCUGCAAAAAGACAUGUCAAAAGUUAAACCAAAAGGCAGCAGAGUAACAGGCUUUGACAGAAAGUAAAGCCAUGAUAAACCAAAUAACAUAUUGGAGUUUUAAGGAUGGAAGAGCUCUACUACAAAAACAGCACUGAAAGUGAGAAAAGAAGUAAAGAGUUUUGAAUUACGCACGAUGGAACAAUCAAAUAAAUGUAAAUGUGCUGUUGUGAUCCAAUCAUCACUACUGGGUAAAUAGUUUUACUUCAUACAAUACAUGCAUUAGACAUAGGAUGUGUUUUUCUGCAGUUCUUUCCAUAUAAGCUCCUUUUCUGGACUGUCAUUUAUCAUCAUACAUAAGAUUUCGCAAAUGGAAAAACGCCUGGUACUGACACAUAAUGGAAUGACAGUGUGUGCACUAUGUGCUGUAAAUGUGCUGUUAUUUAUGUCACCACUAUAAAACAGUGUGAAAUCCUCCUCACACCUGUAUCUGUGAUUUUUUUGCUCCACUCGAUUACCGUCAACAGUACUUCCUGUACAUGCAACUGUAUAUUUCUAAAAGCUUAAUUUAUAAGAUGACAAACUAUUGUUGAGAUGUUUUCUCUGACACUUUUUGUAUAUGAAACUCUGCUGAAAUUCUAAGUAAAACUUUUAUUC